AACACCAAAGGAAAAUCGACAAGAACACAUCACCAAUUGUCACCGCAACACCCACGUGCCUGCUCUCACUCCUCCUCUCCACCAAGCACCGACCACUGCGAUACUGUGCGACUGCGAAUUCCACCAUUCUUUGGCCAGCCUGCCGCACCACGAACCAUGUUAUCCUCAUUAGGGAACCCGAGGCAAGCGGCCACGCAGCUCCUCAACUUUGCCCUGAUUCUGUCAACCGCAUUCAUGAUGUGGAAGGGUCUCUCUGUCGCGACAGACUCGCCUUCACCAAUCGUCGUGGUUCUCUCGGGCUCCAUGGAGCCCGCUUUCCAGCGUGGUGAUUUACUCUUCCUCUGGAACAGGAAUAUAGUUCAAGAGACGGACGUGGGCGAGAUUGUGGUCUACAACGUCAAGGGCAAGGACAUACCGAUCGUGCACAGGAUUGUGAGGAAGUUUGGUACAGGCCCCAAAGCCAAGCUCCUCACCAAGGGCGACAACAAUGCGGCAGACGACACGGAGCUGUACGCCAAGGACCAGGACUAUCUUGAGAGGGGAGACAUCAUUGGCAGCGUUGUGGCGUACAUACCGUUUGUCGGCUACGUGACCAUCAUGCUCUCGGAGCACCCAUGGAUGAAGACUGCUAUGCUGGGCAUCAUGGGACUUAUGGUGGUGCUGCAACGUGAAUAGGUGAGCCUUGGAGAAAGCCGAUUUUUUUCCGCUUCUCUCGGGGGGCCUUUUUUCUACUUUGUCGUUGUGGUAUAAAAAUUUGCAGCUUAGCGAAACAAAAUAGAAAAUGCCCGAACUGGGAAACUGUAACCUUGCCGCCUUGCUGCAGUCUCGCAAAAAUAUGGUACGACGAUAAUGUGGCUCAGAGGACUAAUCAAUUUCGA